ACUUAUAUCCACAAUUCAAUUUCUGUAUCUAAGUAUUCUUCACCACUAAAACCUCUUCUAAGAAAUAUUACUUGUGGAACAAGUUUGAGUUUCCUGGUCUUGAUAAAACUACCAUGAAAAUUCUUGACUGUGAAAGAGUCUUGGAUGGAGGGAAGCGUAACCGAUGUGUUGUUCUACCGGCUAAUGUUCCUAUGGUUGCGGAUUCCUUAAAACGGAAAAACCAAAACUGGAUUGCCAGGGCAAAUUCAGCAAAUGAUUUGAUCAUACAAGUUGGUGAUUCCAGCUUUCACUUGCACAAGCUUGCCAUGGUCUCAAGAAGUGAAUAUUUGAAUAGGCUUGUGUUUAAGAAAAGAAGCAACAUAGAAGAGAAUACUAGUACCAUCGAAAUAGACAAUAUUCCAGGUGGCAGAAAAACAUUCGAGUUAGUUAUCAAAUUCUGUUACGGUUGGAAAUUCGACAUGACACCAUCCAACAUAGCUUCAUUAUAUUGUGCUGCUAAUUUCUUAGAAAUGAGUGAAGAUAUCGAAAAAGAAAAUCUAAUUUCAAAAACAGAAUCAUUUCUUACUUUUCUAAUGUUAUCUUCAUGGAAAGACACAUUUCGUAUACUCAAAAGUUGCGAAUCAAUUUCGCAUUGGGCCAAAGAGUUACAAUUGGUGAAACGUUGCUCAGAAACAAUAGCUUGGAAAGCAUGUGCAAUAGAACCAAAUAAUCCAAAACUCGAAGAUGUAUCUCUUCUACGUAUAGAUUAUUUUAUUGAAGUGAUUCAAUCUAUGAAAAUACGUGGAAUGAAAGCGGAGAUUGUAGGUUCUUGUAUAGAAAAUUGGACUAUAAAAUGGUUCUCUAAUGUCACACUUGGACUUAAUCGUAAUGUGACUGAUAAACACACGGGAAAUCAGUUAAUUCAGUUACAUAAAGUUUCAACCGAGUGUUUGAUUAAAAUGCUUCCAACCGAAGAAAAUUCGGUCUCUUGCAAUUUUUUGCUUCACCUUUUAAAGGCAGGAAUGAUGUUGAAAAUCAAUCAUGAGUUGUUGUGUGUGCUAGAAAGAAGAGUAGUUUCGAUGUUGGAGAAGUGUUGUGUUCAAGAUCUAUUGGUUAAAAAUCAAGGAGAUCAUAAAGAUUCUUUGUAUGAUGUUGAUGUUGUUAUUGUAGUGUUACAAUGUUAUGUUCUUGGCAUGUCAAGUGAUUCUGCAGCAAAAGUUCAUACUGUUGGAAGAUUGGUGGAUGGUUAUCUAUCACAAGUUGCAAGGGAUCAGAUGCUUAAAGUUGAAAGUUUCAAAUUGCUUGUUGAAGUAUUGCCACAAAAUGCUAGAGAAUGUGAUGAUAAUCUCUAUAAAGUUAUUGACAUGUACCUUAAGGCACAUCCAUAUUUGACAGAAGAAGAUAGAGAAAAUGUGUGUAGUAUAUUGGAAUACCAUAGAUUAUCGCAAGAAGCACGUCAGCAUGUGAUGAAAAAUGAUAGGUUGCCCUUGAAAUUAUCAACAGGAUUUGUCCUUCUAGAACAAGUGAGCAUGUCAUGGACAGUGGCAAGUAAAGGAUCGAAUUACCAAAGGACUAAAACUCAGACAAGCAUGAGAGUAAGCAAAGAUUUUGAAAAUAUACAGAUGAGUCAAGAGAUAAAAGUGAUGAGAAAAGAUGUUGAAAUGAUGAAGUCACAACUGUUGGAACUAAAUACUUGCAAAACGAAGCUUCAAAAGCAAAUGAAGAUAUGUACUCGUUGAAGGAGAGGGAUAGAUUAUUUUGUACGAACAAUUUAACAUGCGGAGCUUUUAUUUUAUUUUUUCUCUUAUAAUUGGCAUCGCAUGGAUAUGUCUGAAUCAAGGUGAUUAGAGUGUAACUUCUACAAAAUCACGGUGAAUCAAUGUGAUUAUAGCAUACUCAAUGUGAUACCUAACAUACACAUAUUGGUGUGCCCAAUAAGAAAUGUGAUCGAUAUAUAUACUCUUUAGCUAUGACACAAUGAUUGUCUUCAUAAAAAGCAUGUUCCACCUUCACCUA